UCAUUAUUUUGGGAAUGCCUUCAACAUCAGUGAAAUUGGGAAAAUGUUCUCGGAUAUUGUCUUAAUUGGGAAAAUUUGCAAAUUACCAAAACCAAUGCAAAAAUAUUAUUUUGUAAUCAACGCAUUAAGAGAAAAUGGCAGCCGAUCUUAAAGCCAAAUUUGAAGGAAAAUGGGUUAAUGUUAAAUCAGAGAAUCUCAAAGAAUACUUGGAAAAAGCUGGUGUUGGAAUGAUCAAGAAAAACAUUGCUCUGCAGCUAACUCCAGAAAUGGUGAUCAGUGUGGAAGGUGAACAAAUCAACGUGUCAAUUACGGCGGGUCCUAAAACAACCAAAGCGUCGUACAAACUUGGUGAACAGUAUGAUGUCGAGGGAGAUAAUCCUGGAAAGGCAGUGACUACAUUGGUUGAUGGCAAAAUGAACACAGUUAUUACACCAAACGAUACAAAGCUGAAGCCGCACACGAUUGUAAGAGAUAUAGUUGACGGUCAGCUAGUUCAGACAAUGACGACUGAUGGCGUUACAGCCAAACGUUUCUUCCAGAAAUCGUCCUAAGACAUUCAAAAGAUCUAAAACAGACUUAAUUUGUAAAUUCUUUUUUGUCAUUUCUUAUUUAUUGUGUUCAUAAUAUAGCAUCUGAAUAAUCAACCAAUUCAUUUCGCCGGUUAGCUUAACUGUAUUAAAUUAUGACACACCUUGCAUCUGAUUGUCUCUUAUAUUCUUUUAAUACUUGUGUCGCAUCUUUAUCAUAUUCCUGUUUCUGAAAUAAAAUAGAACAUUGAUCAAUUA